GACCCAGAUUGCUCCCCCACCCCCUUUUCUCCUGCGAGCGCCCUCUGCGCGCUGCACCUGUACUGCUGCGGCUUGUGCGUCAGAAGAUGGCAACUGAUUCUUUAGACCCCUCUGCAACUGGAGCUGGCUGCAGACCGUGUCGACUUUGCGAAGUGGCAACGGGUUCUUCUCUAGCUGCAUCUGCACCGCACGCGUUUGACAGUACCUCGGUCCACGCGUUUAUUACGUAACAGGAACGCAAGGGCAAACUUUUGGUGACAUUUUUACGCACAGAUUCCCAGUUUGCACAAGUAAACGACCAUAUCGCUGCUCUCCUACUACUUCAACCGUGCGAUAUUCAGCAAAAGAAAAAAGAAAGAAAAAAUCAAAGCGCCAUGAUGCAAGUUUAUAUAGCUGUGGCAUUCGCUUACGGAGUGUGGGCACUCAAUAUGACAGAGGAGAAGAGGACAUGCCCACUAGGAUAUUUCCCCUGUGGGAACCUGACCUUUUGUCUCCCCCAGCUCAUGCACUGCAACGGUAUCGAUGACUGUGGAAAUCAAGCAGAUGAGGAGAACUGCGGGGAUAAUAAUGGAUGGCCCCAUCUUUUUGACAAGUAUUUUGGAAUGCCGAGUCAUAACGCCAGGACCAAGUCCAAUGUAUGCUUGCUUGGUGUGGUUCCUGAGCUCUGCCAGUGCCGAGACCUGGAGCUCGACUGUGACGGGGCUCAUUUUCAAGAUAUCCCAGUGGUAGCAAUGAAUGUCACUAUGAUGUCCCUACAAAGGAAUGGGCUUCGGAAACUUAGAGCGAACACAUUCUUUAAGUACCAGAGCCUGCAGAAACUAUAUCUCCAGCACAACAAGAUUCAAGAUGUGAGUCCUGAUGCAUUCAGAGGGCUGUAUAACCUGACAAGACUAUAUCUGAGCAACAACAGGAUAUCGGUUUUGAUGCCGGGGGUGUUCAGGGAUCUGCACAAACUGGAGUGGCUGAUUCUUGAAAAUAACAGCAUCCAUCAAAUAUCCUCCACGACCUUUUCAGGACUGAACUCCCUUGUUCUAUUGGUUUUGUUGAACAACUCUUUGACAAAGCUGGAUGACAUCUGUCGAGAAAUGCCCAGACUAAAUUGGCUCGACCUGGAAGGAAAUCUCAUUGAAGUGAUUGGCAAUGCCUCAUUCAGCUCAUGCACCAUGCUGACAGUUCUGGUUCUGCAGCGAAAUAGGAUCAGCUACGUACAUGAACAGGCUUUCUCAGUCCUGCAAAAGCUUGGAGAAUUGGAUCUAUCCAGAAACAGACUGGCGGCAAUCCCUCCGAAUCUCUUUGUCUUACUUGAGGAUUUGCUCCAGCUAAAUAUAUCGUACAAUCCCAUCAUGGAGCUGCAAGUUGACCACUUUGAUAAGUUACAUAAGUUAAAAUCAUUGAGCAUAGAAGGAAUAGAAAUUGGAAACAUUCAGCGAAGGAUGUUUGAACCUCUCAAAUACUUGACUCAUAUCUACUUCAAGAAAUUCCAGUACUGUGGCUAUGCUCCUCAUGUGCGUAGUUGUAAGCCCAACACUGAUGGAAUCUCAUCCUUUGAGAACCUACUGGCCAAUAUUGUGCUGAGGGUCUUCGUCUGGGUCGUGUCUGCUACCACCUGCUUCGGCAAUAUCUUCGUCAUCUGCAUGCGGUCGUACAUUCGCUCAGAGAACAAACUACAUGCCAUGUGCAUCAUCUCCCUCUGCUGUGCAGAUGGGUUGAUGGGCAUCUACCUCUUCAUGAUCGGUGCAUAUGACCUAAAGUUUCGAGGCGAGUACAACCGGCACGCCCAGGCGUGGAUGGAUAGCAGCCAGUGUCAGGUCAUUGGCUCUUUGGCCAUGCUGUCCACUGAAGUAUCUGUCCUGCUCCUCACAUAUCUCACGCUGGAGAAAUACAUCUGCAUAGUCUACCCUUUCCAGUACUUGACUCCCGGCUGGCGACGAACUGUCACCAUCCUUCUUGGGAUAUGGGUGUUUGGUUUUAUUAUUGCCUUCCUCCCACUGGUUUGCAAGGGGUUGUUUCGCAACUUUUACGGGACCAAUGGUGUCUGCUUUCCGCUGCACUCUGAGCAACCAGAAACUCUAUGGGCUCACGUUUACUCCAUCGUUAUUUUCCUGGGUCUUAACCUGGUGGCAUUCCUCAUCAUUGUCCUCUCCUAUGCAAGUAUGUUUUAUAACAUCCAGAGAACAGGCACUCAGACCACUAAAUACAGCAACCACAUCAAAAAAGAGGUGACCAUUGCCAAAAGGUUCUUCUCUAUCGUCAUUACUGACUCCCUCUGCUGGAUCCCCAUUUUCAUCCUCAAGAUCCUCUCACUGCUGCAGGUGGAGAUUCCCGGUACUAUCAGCUCCUGGGUAGUCAUAUUUAUUCUCCCCAUCAACAGCGCACUUAACCCCAUCCUUUACACACUAACAACACGGCCUUUCAAAGAGACUAUUGUGCAGGUGUGGGCUAACUACAGGCAAAGGAGGCCCCUCCUUAGCAGACACCCAGCUCAUCAUCCAUCACUCACUUGGCAGGAAAUGUGGCCCCUGCAGGAAAACAGCCAUAGUGUCAGCGUGGGGCAGGAAUUCGAAGCAAAUGGCACGAAGCCCAAGCUCACGCCUGUGGAAAAUACUAAUGAGGGGUCUAAGGUGCCAGUGACAACUAAGAAAGAUACUCCAUACACCACAAGUUUUUUCAGAGUUGCAUCCACCUUUGAGCCAUCUCUUGUGAUGAGAAUCUGUUGGACUGCAAAUAAAUGAGAUGAAAAUAAACCUGCAUCCUUGAUUUGCUCAGAUGAAACAGGGGAUGAGUAUUCCAAGCAUAUUCACUGAGUGUUGCAGUCCUUUUGUUAUUUUCUUGGCUCAAGUAGGCCACUCAUGCAGCGAUGAGUGGCUUGUGAUGCAAUGUGAAUUUGAUAGUCCCCAUACGUGUGUGAUAUUGAGAUAUAUAUAUAUAUAUAUAUAUAUAUAUAUAAAUAAAAACUAGUUGGGUCCCCAUGAGUCUGUCACACAUUUCUUAGGUUUAGUUGGCUCCUCAUUAUUAUGUGUCCCAGUGUCUUUUUCCCUGGGAUGUGCCAUCAAAAUAAAGAGAAAUCCCCAAUUUCAUUCUGUACAUGCCCUCACUUAUACCGCAGUGAUUGUGAUUUUACACUUAGUCUCUGAGAGAUUUGGUAUUUGUUGUUGCAUGCACUGAAGAGCUGCCUAUAUUUUUAUUCAUUGGCUUUUGACACUGUUUGACCCUGAUUUUACUGCUUUAAUUUAAUUUAAUCUAACAUGCUGAUUUUAUUGUUUUAAUUUAAUUUAUUUUAAUGUGCUUAUCGUUUUUUGUUUUUCAUGUUAGGUGUACGACACUUUGUUUUCAGCUGGGAAUUGUCUGAAAGUGCUAUAUAAAUAAAUUGCUUGCUUGCUUGAAGCAAAACCUUCAGGUUUGCAUUAACAAGUUAAGCUUGUAACAGUCAGAAAGCUGGAAAUGAGAUUGAGCAGGUCACAAUAAGAUGAAAUGGAGACAAAAACAACUCACUAAACUGCUACUUUCUGAUAUAAAGAAACACUUAUCUGUGCUGCAGUUCUGACAUUUUAAAUCUACAACCAAAAUAAAACCGUGGACUGCUUGGUUUUGUUUGGGGUUAUUUGUAUUUACAUUAUUACAGUUACAUGAUGGGUUGGAGGCUGCCAAUGUUUCUUGGUCAAGACUCCAGUUUAUUGGUACAUCAGAGUGAGAAAUGGGUUAUGUACAGACAUUGAUGUGUUCAGAGGACAAUAUUGGUGUCCACCCUAAACCUAAACAAACAGAAAAGGUUCCACUGACAUCACAAACUGAAUUCUCAUGUUCCAAAAUAACUGCCCCCAGUAAGUCCUGGACUUUUCAGGAUGGCUGCCACAUGGCAACACUUGCUUCUAGAAGAAAUAUGCUACUGAUUAGGAAUCUUAGCUCACAGUGGCUCAAGAUGGAGAAAUGGGACAACAAUAAGCUACUUUUAUUGGAGUGCUUGUUUAGUUUGUUAUGCUUUCUUGCACCCCUGGAAACCUUCUGGAGCAUAACUGUAUGUUGUUAACUAUGGAUAAUUCCUUUAAGGCGAAGCAGAGCCUUCAUGCUAAUCCCAGUGUAGAAAGCAAUCCAGCCAAGGCUGCAGAUGGAAGCAUUUGCAAGAUAGCUCACAAUGAACAGGAACAAAUGGAGCUACAGCCCUAAAAUAAUUAUUUACACUUUCCUUUAGACAAAAACGGCAUAUUUAUACAAACAGGGGUCACCACAGUGAAUCAUCUGCCUCCUAUUACACUGUCCUCUGUCACACCAACAUUCUGCAUUCCUCAUCCAGUACAUCCAUGAAACUCCUCUGUGGAGUGGACUUCCUCUUUUGUUCCUCCCUAGUAGCUUCAUACUUCAUACUGUUCAACAUAUUCACUAUUUCUACUCUGCCUUGCCUCUCUAUCUUUGUCUCCGAAACUCUCAGCUUGACCUGUCCCUUCAAUGUACUCAUUUCUAACCCUGUCCAUCCAAAAUUAAAGACUUUACAUCUUUAACUCUGAAACUCUAGCUCAACCUCCUACUUUUUGUUAGUACAUCACAGCAGUUCCACAGGGAGGCUAUAAGCCCGUGUACUCCUAGGGUUUCAUCAGAAAUAGCAUCAAGUGUAAAAUCUUUUCUAAAUCAAAUGUGCAGAUUGAGAAAUGUUCUACUGCUGCUUGUUUCAUGCGUGAAAUCAAAAUGACGCGUGCUGUAAAGUAGCUGAAGGUGUUUGCCCCUCUUAAAAAGGUAUUUUGCAACAAUAAAAAUUCAAAAUCGAAAGCAAUAAUCUCUAUUGUCUCUAGCACAUUCUGUGUUAACUCUUAUGAGUAUUUCUGGAAGAAAAACAUUUAUCUCAUGAAAUAUACAUAAUUUUGACAUGAUUUGCCAGGGAGACAGCCUAAGAGUGAGGUGUGGGAGCACAAUUCUGUGAAGCUGUGAUGUGGACACUGGCACCGAGGCUAAGAAUACUAAUAUUGUGAUUCUCCAGCACCACUGCCAAAUUGCCUUUUUUUUUUUCUUAAUCAAACGUCGUCACAUCAUAUUGUUAGCAAGUUAGCAUGUUGACAUGAUGCAUUUAAGACAAAAAGCACCACUGUGCCUAAAUAAAGCCUAACAGAGGCGUUAACAUUGCUGUAAACUGUUAACAUUGCUGUGGUGUUGGCAUGUGAGCGUGCAUUUUCAAGUGUGCAACUUAAAACUUGCAAUAGUUCUGUGAUUUGAACUUGUGCAUAUUUCCUGCUAAAGAUGAUUGCUCUAGGGCGGUCAAAGUGCAGCAACAAAUAUUUUCUUUGCAUCUAGGAGCCAUUAUAUAUAUGUCUAGAUCGGCUGCUAAUCAUUUUCUUUCCUGUAGCUUGGGCAGACUGGCAUGCUUAAAGCUCUUCUUAAAAUAACCGCACAGCUCCCCUUACGCAGAAUUCAAAACUAGCUAGAGAUAUCUGCGCAAGUUCCCUUUAGUGUUGCAAAUUGUAAUCAAGUAUUUUUGUUGACUGACGAGAAUGCAUUCUGAAAAUGUCAAUUCCAGCCAUUUCAAAGCAUUCUAUUUAAUAAAUAAUACAAUUUGCUAUUGUUUAUUCAUUGCAGUCUACAAGAAGCUUUAUUGUUUCAUGGGUAGUGUAUGAAUGUUUGUCUGUUUAGUUAUAGCUAUUACAUGUUUACUGUAGCCAGUGGUUUCCUGCAAAAUUUACUGAGUAUAUUGUGGCAGCUGACUGUAAUGCAAAUGCUGUAAUAACAUUGUCAUAUAGUUUUAUAUAUACGUGUUUGAUACAUUUCUUACCGUAAAAUUGACCAUUUUGUUGAUAAUAAUGUACCACCCAAACUUUGGUAUCCUGAUGACCACAACUUUCAUUCAUUCUUUUUGUCAAAUGCGAAAGCCAGGUUCAGUGCUCUUUAGGGGAAAUUUUCAUAUUUCAUAUUGUAUUGUAAUAAAAAUGUCCUCCAGUU